AUGGGCCUACACGCAACCGCUUGGGCGAUAGUGCACAGCGGAGGCGAGAGCAGCGCCCGCACGAAGACAACUUUAGAAGCAAGGCUUCCCAGAUUCGAUAACUUUCAGGAUCCUCACAUGAUCGAUUGGACGAGCUCCAGCACACUGUACUCCCAGACAGCAUCGCUCCAAAAGGUCACGCUGUCCUUUGCUGGCAUAUAUUUCUACGAAUUCGCAUCAUCUUUACCACACGACUGGGAGGUCGUCAAGAAACUUCGCGGAAAGCCGACAACUUUGAUCGGCAAUGCGUUGUACCUGCUUUGCCGUUACCUGAUUUUCAUGACCUGCGUCUGCUCCUGCUUGCUCGCAAGCGGCUACAGAGAGUUUUCUUGUCAGGCUCUUCUCAAAACUCACAAUACCUCUGCGGGGUUCGGGAUAGCUUGCGCUUCAGGCUUACUUUUUGUACGCGCAUGUAUCAUAUGGAAGUGGAAUCGAUGGGUCAUCGCUUUCCUGUCGCCUUUCCUGGCGGCGGUUUGCGGUUGCACUAUCCAAAUCACUGUCCUGUUCACUUCGUCAUUUGACCCGAAAAUCGGCCAAUGCACGCUGACUAGCGCGAUUAUCGAUAGAAGUUUAUGUGUCGCGUUGUUUUCAGGCGAUAUCACUCUUCUUGCGUUCAUAUUCAUAGGCUUACAGAGAGGUUGGCAAGGAGCCCGGGGGUUUCCUCUGUGGUUCACGCUGUGGAACCAGGGCCUGCUCUACUUUGCGCUUGCGGUCAUGGUUGAGGCUCCACUGGUGGCAAGUUCAUUUCUUAUCUUCCUCAUGUUGGAUCUCAACGAAAUCAUGAAUGCAAUGUUUGUUGUUCCGGCAGUCGUGAUGAUGGCGACCGGCGCUACGCGCUUUCAUCGCACUUUGAGCGGCUAUAGUAACCGUCCGGUGUUACCAUACAAGAUCUCGGCGCAUUCCGCUGAACCCAAUUCAUACGAGUUGGCGAACAUUGUUGACCGGCGCGCGCGGGGCGCGUCAGUCAAUCCGGAGCGCCAUUGA